AUGAGCUCGGAUUCGGAGAAUGAGCUUGAAGCGUCCCCACCGGAAAGGGAAGACGAGCAUGCCGAUUCGUCCGCUCUGGACUCACUAAGCGACGAUGCAGAUGAACGACCUCAAAAUGUAAUCACACAGAAAGAUGUAUUCGGAAGCGAUACAGAAUCCGAUGAACCGUCCCCACAAUCGUCACCGCCAGCAGUUUCACAGAAAAAGAAGACGGAUCAUAAAGCUAAAAAGCGUUUUGUUCGUCAUUCGGAUGAGAGUGAUUUAGGCCAAUCAGACCAGAACAGCGAUACUGGUAGUGACGAUGCUCACACACAGUCUGCCGCAAAACGUUCCUCAAAGGACGCCCCGAGAUCGAAAGUGGCAUCUAAUCGUCGAACACUGGACUCGGGUUCCGAUCUGUCUGAUGCCGACGGUGGUGCGGAUAAUGUGCAGGCCCAUUCGGAUCGUCGUGAACCGGCGGACAGUGAGGAGGAUGAGGGAGACAAUUUUUCACGGCGUCGCAUUCAACGUCACAGUUCCUCAUCCCCGGACCAAUCGAACUCUGAGAUGGAAAACGACGAACAGUCGCAUAAACGACCUACGCAUUCCGGUCGAACUCGUGUUAGUCGCGGUGAUGAUGAUGAUGAGGAGGACGAAGAUGACGAAGAGCAACAAGAGGAGGAGGAGGCGGAAGACCAGGCCAGAGAAGAAGAGGAAGAAGAAGAAGAAGGCCGAGGGAGAGGAAGCCACGCAAGUGAUGGAAAUCAAAGCGAGGGAGGUGAUGCAGAUCAGGAACCAGAUGAGACGAGAAUAGCUGUCGAUUUUCCGUUGAUACGUGCUGAUUUGGGCAAGGAAAUGUACUUGGUCAAAAUGCCUAACUUUCUCUCCGUGGAAACGCGUCCGUUCGAUCCAAAUUUCUAUGAAGAUGAAUUGGAUGAGGACGAAGUAUUGGACGAGGAAGGUCGGACGCGGUUGAAACUGAAGGUGGAAAAUACUAUUCGGUGGCGUUACGGACAAACUCCCGAGGGUGAACUGGUGCACGAAUCCAAUGCGCGUAUUGUUCGCUGGUCUGAUGGUUCAUUAUCAUUGCAUUUGGGCGAUGAAAUUUUCGAUAUUCACAAAGUGGACAUUCACUCGGAUUACAAUUAUCUGUUCAUCCGUGAAGGUAGCGGUCUACAGGAAGUCUCAACUGUCUAUUCGGAAUCUGAAUCCGAGUCGUUGAGUGACAUCUCAGAGUCCAAAUCACGAAAAAGAGCUCGAGCCAAGAUCAUUGACGACGAGGAGGAGGCGGACAGUGACUAG